UCAAGUGGUUGUGGUGUCAUUAUUAAAAGAAUAAUACGAUUGGGUCAUAUCCGGUUGUCUGUUUUUCUGUUUAUCAAAUAAUUUUCUUACCUACCAAACAUCUCUAACCAAAAACUUGUUCUUCUUCAGAGACUUGUGAAGAUUUGAUUGACGUCUAAUGGCUUUCUAUGGCUCCAACUCUUACUAUGGUGAUGCAGGUGAGUACCAUUGUACCCCUUAUAAUACUAAUAAUGGUUAUGAUAUUGUUCCAAUUCUAGACUCAAUAUCCUACAAUGACUAUGAUUUUAGUGAUUCCAAAUUCAUUGAGCAUGAACCAACUGAUCAUCAUCAUGGUGUUUAUGAUCCUUUUCUAACUCAAUCACAAGUUAAUUAUUGUACCUACAAUUUCAGUGAGCCCAAAUUUCUCGAGUAUAAUCCAACUCCAAGCUCAAUCUCUUACUCUGAUUAUGAAUUUAGUGAUUCCAAAUUCAUUGAAUAUGAACCAAUUGAUCAUCAUCGUGGUGCUUAUGAUCCUUUUCAAACUCAAUCACAUGUUAAUAAUUAUUGUGCCUACAAUUUCAGUGAACCCAAAUUCUUGGAAUAUAACCCAACUCCUAGCGCCACUAGUUAUUUUUAUUCUCAAACACAAUACCUUGUCUCUAACUCUACUUUGGAGCGCGUUGACACUGAUUAUGAGGAAUAUGAUCCUACCCCUUAUGAUGGUGGUUAUGAUAUUGCUCUAACUUAUGGGAAAUCCCUUCCUCACUCGGAUGAAAUAUGUUAUCCUCGUUCAGCUUUAGGGGCUAAUGGCCUUAACGGCAAAAAAGAUUCCGGUGAGGUCUUGGCAAAGCCUCCUAAUGGAAGCAAACCAGAGGCUAAUGGCCUUAAUGGUAAAAAUGAUACCGGUGAGGUCUUGGCGAAGCCUCCUAAUGGAAGCAAACCAGAGGCUAAUGGCCUUAAUGGUAAAAAUGAUGCCGGUGAGGUCUUGGCGAAGCCUCCUAAUGGAAGCAAACCAAGCACGGGUAUUGAAGAAGAGCACAAGGCCUUUGGUGGCCUUGACAAUGGUGAUGAAGGUCAAAAUGAGAAGAUUUUGGACUCAAAAUUGAGUGAAGAAAAAGAGGGGUAUGUUUGUGAUGACAAUUAUCCUUGGUCUGGCUAUGAUUAUGGGGUUGGAAAUAGGAGAAGUGAAGAUAAUUGUUAUGGAUGUGGAUAUGAUAAUCAAGUGCCUCAAGCUCCAUAUGGGUACGGCUCGGAUGCCUUGGACCUUUGUGAGAGUUUAUUUGGCUACUGGCCUUGUUUAUAUUGGGAGGACCGGAAGAGGUAUGGUAGUCGAGAAAUUGGAGAUGGAGAAAGAAAGGAAAGCCUGUGGAAUGGUGCUGCAGAUUAUGUUUUCGGAGGUGCAUACUCGAAUGGUGAAUGGAGAAAUGGGAGGGGAAGUAACUAUGGUGAUGUUAGCUAUGGUUAUGAAAGACACUACCAGGAAGAACCUUUGAUUGGGCAGGUUAAGAGUGAAGAGAGUUCAUUGCUGCAGCAUUUCUUGAUUUUUGAAGAUUAUAAUAAUUGACCUUGCUAGCAAAUUGCUUGUUUAUGUAUCUAGAUAAUUAGUGUUUGUGUUAUUUGAGCCUCUGUUUGCAGGUAAAAGCCUGACUGAUUAGUUAAUAAAGCAAUUGCUUCACAUAUUGUUUAAAUCUU